CAAAUUGAUGAUUUAAAACAAAAGUGAAAGCUAAAGCAAAAAAGUGAGUGAUGAUUCUCUCCAAAGUCCCAUGACAAGCCAUCAUUGUGUUUCCAUCUCAACUUUUUCUUUACCAUAAACAAAGCUGACAACGUAAGCUCUUCAUCAUUCAUCAGCUCUAUGGCCCUCUCACCUCAAUCCGUGCCGGAAAAUCCCUUUGAUUUCCGUGCUCCGCCGCCUUCUCCUGUCGCCAGUGCCCGCCGCUCCUGCGUCACCAAUGAUGAGGUUCUCUCUGAAUUCCUCCAACAUUCUCUGCGCGUCCCUGAUUUAAUUUUGCCAGACAAGGUUUUCCCUAGGCAGAAGUUCAUUGACAACCCCCCCAAGAUUGAUUUCCAGGCUUUGAAUUCCAUGCAAACUGAAACUCUGCCCAAGAUUCUGGAUUCCAUAGCUACAAUCGGAUGCUUUCAGUUAGUGAAUUAUGGGAUUCCAGUGGAAUCUAUCCGAUCAGCACUGACAGCCGCUGUCGGGAUUUUUCAACUUCCACCCCAGAAACGGACGGCAGUGACUAGGUCGCCGGAGAAACUAUACGGGUUUGAGGAAGUUCACGAGGAAGAUGAAGGUGAAGUGAGUGAAGAGUUUGUGUGGUGUAAAGCUAAAGCCCUGGAACUGGCAAUGGAGGGAAUUUGGCCUGUUGGAUAUUCAAAUUUCAGUGAGAAAAUGGAAACUCUAGUGGCUCAAAUGGAAAAAGUGGCGGAGAAAAUUCUGAUUGUUUUCCGGGAAAUUUACCAAGAAAAAACAGGACGUUGCGAAAAGGAAAAGAUGGAAGGGGAAGAUGGGAAUGGGUGGGCAUGUUAUGUGUACAAGCAUGGUGGGAAUGUUUCAGCGGAGAAAUGGCGUAGCUGUUUACGAUACGAUGUGAUGAAAAUGUUGAUAGGAGGGAUGGAUUAUUCGCAUACAUUGUGCUUGCAUAUUUGUGAUGGAUCCUCUGAGUUUCAUGUGUAUUCCAAGAAAGGUUGGGUGUCGUUUUGCCCUCAUAAACAUGCCUUGGUCGUUACAGUUGGGGAUCAAACUCAGGCACUAAGUGGUGGACAAUUGAAGCAUGUAAUGGGAAGGCCAAUCUAUAGAGGAGAGAAAGAAGAGUUCAUAUCAAUGGCAUUCCUUUACUCUCCUUCAACCACCAACAGCAGGCUUGUUGACCCACAAAAGCCGAACACCAUUUCACUUUCCCAACAGGCCAUUGCUGCUAUACUUUUCACUCUUCUAUACCAAAUUUUAGUCUAUGUUUACUACAAAUUCUAAUUUUGAUGUUGUUUAACAUUAUUCAUCCAUCAACCAAUAUCAUGACUUACACA